CGGCCCGGCCUCCGGACAAUGGCCCCGCCGAGCCCUCGGCCCCGCUGACCGCCCGCCCUCCGGUCCCGGGCAGGGAGAACAGCAGGCACCAUGGCCAAGCGGGAGGGCAGUGCCAGCCCCGUGGUGCGGCAGAUCGACAAGCAGUUCCUGAUCUGCAGCAUCUGCCUGGACCGGUACCACUGUCCCAAGGUGCUGCCUUGCCUGCACACCUUCUGUGAGAGGUGCCUGCAGAACUACAUCCCGGCACAGAGCCUCUCGCUGUCAUGCCCGGUGUGCCGCCAGACCUCCAUCCUGCCCGAGCAGGGGGUCUCCGCCCUGCAGAACAACUUCUUCAUCAGCAACCUCAUGGAAGUCCUGCAGCGGACGCCCGAGGGGGGCCGCGACCCCGCCGCCCCCCACCCGCUCAGUGCCGUGGCUGGACGCCCGCUCUCCUGCCCCAACCACGAGGGCAAGACGAUGGAGUUCUACUGUGAGGCCUGCGAGACGGCCAUGUGCGGGGAAUGCCGGGCCGGGGAGCACCAGGAGCACCGCACCGUGCCCCUGCGCGACGUGGUGGAGCAGCACAAAGGCGCCCUCCAACGACAGCUCGACGCAGUGCGCAGCCGGCUCCCCCAGCUGGCAGCCGCCAUCGCCCUGGUGGAGGAGAUCAGCCAGCAGCUGGUGGAGCGGAAGAACGAGGCCGUGGCCGAGAUCAGCGGGGCCUUCGAGGAGCUGGAGCAGGCUCUGCAGCAGCGCAAGGGGGCCUUGGUGCGGGACCUGGAGGCCAUCUGUGGGGCCAAGCAGAAGGUGCUGCAGGCCCAGCUGGACACCCUGCGCCAAGGCCAGGAGCACAUCGGCAGCAGCUGCAGCUUCGCGGAGCAGGCCCUGCGCCUGGGCUCGGAGACGGAGGUGCUGCUGGUGCGGAAGCAGAUGGGGGAGCGCCUGGGGGCCCUGGCCGGGCAGGACUUCCCCGAGCGGCCGCACGAGAACGGGCAGCUGGACCUGCUGCUGGACACGGACGGGCUGCGCCGUUCCAUCCUGAACCUGGGCUCCCUGGUGACCACCAGCGCCACGGCCCACCAGACCGUGGCCACGGGCGAGGGCCUGCGCCAGGCGGUGGUGGGCCAGCCGGCCUCGCUGACCAUCACCACCAAGGACAAGGACGGGCAGCUGGUGCGCACGGGCAGCGCGGAGCUGCGGGCGGAGCUGACGGGGCCGGACGGGGCCCGGGUGGACCCCGAGGUGCUGGACCACAAGAACGGCACCUACGAGCUGGUGUACACGGCGCGGGCCGAGGGGGAGCUGCUCCUCUCGGUGCUGCUGUACGGGCAGCCCCUGGGCGGCAGCCCCUUCCGUGUGCGGGCUCUGCGGCCCGGGGACCUGCCUCCGUCCCCGGAUGACGUCAAGCGCCGCGUCAAGUCUCCCGGGGGCGCGGGCGGCCACGUGCGCCAGAAGGCUGUACGCCGCCCCAGCUCCAUGUACAGCGCCGGGGGCAAGAGGAAGGAGAACCCCAUCGAGGACGAGCUCAUCUUCCGCGUUGGCAGCCGAGGACGGGAGAAGGGCGAGUUCACCAACCUGCAGGGCAUCUCCACCGCCAGCAGUGGCCGCAUCGUGGUGGCCGACAGCAACAACCAAUGUAUCCAGGUGUUCUCCAAUGAGGGGCAGUUCAAGCUACGUUUUGGGGUGCGGGGGCGCUCCCCGGGACAACUGCAGCGUCCCACGGGCGUCACGGUGGACACUAACGGUGACAUCAUCGUGGCCGACUACGACAACCGCUGGGUCAGCAUCUUCUCUCCCGAGGGCAAGUUCAAGAGCAAGAUCGGGGCGGGGCGGCUGAUGGGCCCCAAGGGCGUGGCCGUGGACCGCAACGGCCACAUCAUCGUGGUGGACAACAAGGCCUGCUGCGUCUUCACCUUCCAACCCAACGGCAAGCUGGUCAGUCGCUUCGGGGGCCGCGGGGCCACGGACAAGCACUUCGCAGGUCCUCACUUUGUGGCCGUCAAUAACAAGAAUGAGAUUGUGGUGACUGACUUCCACAACCACUCUGUGAAGGUGUACAGCGCCGACGGAGAGUUCCUCUUCAAGUUCGGCUCCCACGGCGAGGGCAACGGGCAGUUCAACGCGCCAACCGGCGUGGCCGUGGACUCCAACGGCAACAUCAUCGUGGCCGACUGGGGCAACAGCCGCAUCCAGGUGUUUGACGGAUCGGGUUCCUUCCUGUCGUACAUCAACACCACGGGGGAGCCGCUGUACGGGCCCCAGGGCCUGGCCCUCACCUCAGACGGACACGUGGUGGUGGCCGACGCCGGCAACCACUGCUUCAAGGCCUAUCGCUACCUCCAGUAGCGGGGGCCGCCCAGCCCGGGGCUCACACGAACAGAGGGAUGGGCCGCGGGACCCCUCGCUGGACAGGACGGGCCUGAUCUGGGGCUCGGCCCCCUUCCCGCUCUCCCUCUCUUCGCCCACCCCUCCCCCUUAGAGCCUGCCCCUGUCCUGGGCCUUGGCUGGGCGGCAGUGAAUGUUGGCCGGGGGCGGGGGGCAGGUAACAGAGGUGGGAGUCCCCAGGCAGGGUCAUCCCCCCAAUCUCCAGCUUCCACCCUGGCCCCUCUCCAGAGCCCCCUGCCCCUCCCUCCCUGGGCCACAGUCCUUCCCAGCCAUCUCCUUUCUUCUCACUCCUCUCCCCUUCUCCUCUCCACGCAGCUUCCCUCUGGCCAGCCCCACUCCCUACCAGGUCCUCGCCCCUGAGUUCCUGUCCUCUCUCUACUCCCCUCACAGCUGCACUUUAUUUAUUUGGUUCCUGUGCUCCAGGGCUGCAGGACUGGGCCUGGGGGGUGGGGGGCUGCAGGGUUGGGCCUGGGGGGAAAGGGGGCUGCUAGGGCUGGGCCCCGGGGGAUGGGGGUCCUGCAAGGCUGCUGCCCUUCUGUUGGGGUUCAGGGUGGGCCUGGCCCCUGUCACCUUUCCCCCCCGCCAUCCAGGCGGGGCCUCCCGGUACCUCCCGUGCCUGGGCCCGGCCCCAGCUGCUGAUGUGGUUUUAUUUUUUUACACGAAUGUGCGAGCUUCACACUCCCCCGAACCCCAGUCAGGGCGCGGGCUCUGGCUCCCCAACCGACCCCUCACUCCCUCCCCCAACACCCUGGCUGGGUUAACCCCACAACCAGUGCGUGGGGCAGAAGGGGUCGGAGUACCCCACCUGAGUCCCGGUGGACCUGGUUUAGGGGCCCCGGCCCCUUACCCCGCCCCAUUCCCCCCUCCCCGGUGUCGAGGAGUGAGCAGUGGGAGAGAAAUGGGUUGAUCCUCUCUUGGGAAGCAUGAGCAGUGACAGGCAAAGACUUACGCUAGCCCUGGGCUCCCAGACUGGCCCAGUCCUCUCUAGUUACCAGGCUAGGGGCAGCAUUUCCCCCUCCCACCCCCCCAGUUCCCUUCCCAUGACGGUUUGGGGUGCCCUACACAGAAAAGGGGAGGGGCAUAACCCUGUAGCCCCCUUUCCCCACUGCCCCCGACCCUGACAGCCCCAGACAGUGACACUCCUGGCCCACCCCCCAGCCCCACAACACCCCCUGACAGUAAUACCACCAGCCCAUGGCCCCCCCACCACAGACUGACAAACUCAGACAGCAAUACCACUGGCCCCCGCACCCCCUCCCCUCUAUGUAUGAAAUAAACCAUCGUCGCGGCCGUG